AAGUCAUCAGUUUGCCAUUGACCAGUAUCUAACUCGCCCUGCAAUGGCUGGAUUGUGCAAAGCACCCCGGGCGCUUAGAGGCCUUCCGGCCUUCCAGUUCUCGCGACAAGCAUCGCAAAUAUGUUUCCGGAGAAGCGCCUCGACAGGUGCUGCUGAAGCUUCGUCACAAGCAGCAGAUCUCGCCGAAUUGGAGAUCGACUCUAGUCUGGGGGCCGCGGAGCCUAGCCCAGAGACGAAGGAAGCCUACAAGCCAUGGAAACGUACGGCGCAGAGGAAUCGCAACCUCCCUAGCAGCAGAUACCAGUACCAUCCCCCGAAGUACAAUCGCGGCCCACUGCAUCCCGUCCAGUCGCCGCCGUCCUCCGACCCCGUCGCGCGAGACUUCGUCCCCGGCCCAUUCAACCUGCCGAGGCUGAAGCAGACCUUCCAGUCGACCGUCGCCCCGGACAUGAUGACGCUCGCGUACCUCCACAAGCCGCCGGGCACGGAGCAGGCCGAGGCGGCCGAGCGGCUGCGCGGGUGGGACGACUCGUCGCCGUACCACAAGAACCGCGCAAGGCGGGGGCCGCGCGGAAACGCGGUCCUGCGGCCCCUCGAGAGGGACAUCACGUUCCAGCACAUCCCCGAGAUCAAGGAGGUCACCCUGGCGACGUACGUGCCCCGGGCGGCGAAGGAGGAGGACCACCUGCUCGUCGCGCGCACGAUGCUCAUGGCCAUCACGGGGACGACUCCCGAGAUCACAAAGCAGAGGACGAACGUGGCGCAGUGGGGCGUCCAGAAGGGCAAGAAGGUCGGCGUCAAGGCGACGGUCCACGGGAACGCGGCGUACGAGUUCUUGGACCGGUGCAUACACCUCGUCUUCCCCAGGAUCAAGGAGUGGAAGGGCAUCAGCGGGAGCACCGGAGACAGCUCGGGGAACCUCUCCUGGGGCUUCAAUCCCGAGGACAUGGCGUUGUUUCCAGAGAUUGAGGUCAAUUACAAUAUGUAUCCGUCGAAGAUGUUGCCUGGAUGCCGAGUUUUCGUAAAGACUACCGCCACGUCCGACAGGCAGGCCAGGUUGCUGCUCCAGGGGAUGGGGAUACCGUUCCAUGGCGAGCUGCGGAAUUAGGAGAGGAAGCUGUCUGAACCACGGCACAUAACUGUACCAUAUAUUGUAUACCGAAUAAGACAACGUCUAGAACGAGGGUAGAUACCCUUCCUCAUCACAAGAACCAUGUACAAUCAAGCAUAUCGAAGGG